CGCGGUGAACGCACACCUCUCUUGGUCCCAAAAUGCAGUCGUUCCUUUUUAAUACCAUCUCAGCCUUAGCUUUCAAUCUUCCAACUCCAAAUCCAUCAUCCUCAGCUCACGAACCAACCACUCGGUUCCAGCCAAACCGCAAUGGAGGAAGGUGGAGAUGGCUCUCAGAAACCUUCAGUGACUCCGUACGAGGAGGCAUUGGAUGCCUUGUCCUCUUUGAUCACGAAACGCAGUCGUGCCGAUAAGAGCAACAAGGGUGACCGCUUUGAUCUCCUCUUCGAUUACAUAAAGAUACUGGAAUUGGAGGAGCCACUUUCAAAAAUGAAGAUUAUCCACGUGGCUGGAACCAAAGGGAAGGGAUCCACAUGCACCUUCUCGGAAUCUAUAUUACGUAAUUGCGGCUUUCGCACUGGGCUUUUCACGUCUCCUCACCUCAUUGAUAUCCGAGAAAGAUUUCGUUUGGAUGGUGUUGACAUAUGUGAAGAGAAAUUUUUAGCAUAUUUCUGGUGGUGUUAUGAUAGACUGAAGGAAAAUACUAAUGAGGACGUACCCAUGCCCACUUACUUCCGCUUCCUUGCCUUACUUGCCUUCAAGAUAUUUGCAGCAGAGCAGGUAGAUGUUGCUAUCUUGGAGGUUGGAUUAGGUGGAAAGUUUGAUGCAACAAAUCUGGUUCAGGCACCUAUCGUGUGUGGUAUAGCUUCCCUUGGGUACGACCACAUGGAGAUUCUUGGAAAUACUCUAGGAGAAAUUGCUGGGGAGAAGGCUGGCAUCUUCAAGCAUGGGGUUCCAGCCUUUACUGUGCCUCAACCUGAUGAAGCAAUGCAUGUACUUGAAGAGAAGGCUUCCCAGUUGGAUGUACAUCUUCAAGUGGCACCACCAUUAGUUGCUGACUUACUGAAUGGUCUGAAACUUGGGCUUGAAGGUGAGCAUCAAUAUCUAAAUGCUGGUCUCGCUGUUGCACUAUGCUCCACUUGGCUUCAGAGAACUGGCCAUCUUGAAUUCAACUACCUGGAACGAACUAGCUCCUUGCCAGAGCAGUUCAUCAAAGGUCUAACAGCAGCCAGUUUCCAAGGGCGGGCUCAGAUUGUCCCUGAUCAACGUGUUGACAUUGAGAGCCCAGGAGAUCUGGUGUUCUACUUGGAUGGAGCUCAUAGUCCCGAAAGCAUGGAAGUAUGUGCAGGGUGGUUUUCUCUUGCCAUUAAAGAGGACAGCCAGCAACAGAACUUGAAUUAUCAGCCACAGGAUAAUUCUGGAUCCUCUCAUGAAUUUAUACAGAGGAACCCGGGUGAAAUAUCCAGGAAGAACUCUACACAGAUACUCUUGUUUAAUUGUAUGUCAGUGCGAGAUCCUCAAUUGCUUCUUCCGCACCUGAUGAAAACUUGUGCCAAUCAUGGUGUACACUUCAAGAAGGCACUAUUUGUACCAAAUAUAUCGGUGUAUUAUAAGGUUGGAUCCCAUGCUUCACCACCCAUUGAUUCUCAAGUUGAUUUGUCAUGGCAAUUCAAUCUUCAAAGAGUAUGGGAAAACCUCAUGGAGGGUAACAAAGGUGAUGCCAAGAGCGUAGAUGAUGAUUGUGAAGAGGUAAAAGAUGCUACAAAACUUAGUGUUAAAAGUUGUGAGAACAGCGCAGUGUUUUCUUCUCUCCCAAUAGCUAUUAAAUGGCUCAGAGACACUGUCCAACAGAAUCAAUCUACUCGUUUUCAGGUCCUUGUGACUGGAUCUUUACAUCUUGUGGGUGAUGUGUUGAAGUUAGUCAAGAAGUGAGUCACGGGACGGCUUGAAGUCCUGUAAUUGCAUGUUCUUUAUACCUGCAAAAUGUGCUGGAAUUCAUUGUUCAAGGCCAGAAGAGUUGGGGUCAUCUUAACAUUCUAGUGAGCUCUCUCUGAUAUUAAGUACAUGUUAAUUUGCGUCUACUGUGUGCCGUUGGAACUGCUAGCUUCCUUGGGCAUGAAAGAUUAGAGAUAAACCUUCUCGGCCAAUAAAGUUCUGUAAUGCUUUCAUUCACAUGAGGAAUAUUUCUUUGGUUGCUAGUUUUCAAAACAGAAAGUGAAUUCAGGGCAAUGAAUAUGCGUUGUUUCAGUCCCUCCCGAAAAUGAGCUGAUUUGGCAGUGCGAUAAGUAAAUCCAGAAAUUGGGUUCAUAGAAUUUUCAA